UAAAAAAAUAAAAAUUAAAUAUAAAAUUUCAAUAAAAUAAAAGUGAAAUAUAAAAUUUCGCAUGAAAAAACGAAAUAUAACAAAGGAUUAUAAAUAAAAAUAUAUAAAAUAUAAGUAAGUAACAAAAACAUAAAUUAAUAAAAAAAAUUCUAUAUAAACUAUAGAUUAAAAUUUAUAAUAUUUGAAUAAAGACGAAAAAUAAUUGUAUACAAACAAUAAUAUAAUACAAAUGCAAAUAACAAUAAAACAACAACAACAACAAAAAUCGUAAGUAAAUAAAAUAAACAUAUUUCGUCGUCUGCAAUAUAGCUACACAGAAAUACACAAAUACUACCAUAUAAUAAUUUAUUAUUAUAAAUUUACAUAAUAAUAAUAUUUUAACUAAAUAAUACAGAACAUAAAAAAGAAAAUUAUUAUUAUUAUUAUAAAUAAAAAAUACUACUGCUACACUGCUGCUAUACUGCUGCUAUUGAACUCUACUAAAAAUAGUGAUGCUACUACUGUCAUACCACAACUAAUAUUCAUUAUAAUAUAAAUUCUUCUGUUAAUAUCUACAUUAACACUGUUGUGUUGGUGUUAAUAUUAUAACUGCAUUUGCUUUUACUCUCAGUAAAUACUUUGCUAAGUCAAUACUAAAACGAAAAAAAUAAUAAUAAAAAAAUAACAAAAAAUUAAUAAGAAAAAAGGAAAGCUAAGAAAAUAAUAUAAUAAUAAGAGUAACUAGCAACAGCAAUAAUAAUAACAACAAUAACAAUUGAAACUGAAUAAUAAAGUGAAUAUUAAAAUAACAAAAAAAAAAAAAAAAGGAAAACAAGCAAAUAAUAAUAAAGUGAGAGAAAAAGGAUAAAGAAAAAAAAUAUUGUGAUGAAAUUUGCAAUGUUUUUACUUUUCAGAUAUUUAAUAGAAAAUAAUCGACCAAAUUUAAUUAUAAUAUCAAUAUCAAUGAUGUACUGUAUUAAAACAACAGUAGAAUGUUGGAAAUUUGAUGCACGUUUUGCAAGUGAUUCAGGACGAAAUGGGAAUACAGGUGGUGGUGGUGGUGGUGGAGGUGGUCCUGGUGGUGGUGGUGGUAAUAGUAAUGUAAAUGGUAAUAGUAAUACAAAUACUGGUAGUAAUAAUGAUAGUCCUACUAAUAAUGGUGGCGGAGGUGGUGGUGGCAAUGGUAGUAAUAAUAAUAAUCAUAAUACUAGUUAUCCAAAUAGUAGUAGUGCAACAAAUAAAAUUGUUCCAUUUCAUCCAAAUGUUCAAGAUAUAUUAUUUCCAUGUGAAUUAAAUUCAAUGUGCCAAUGUGCCAGUUUACCAAAUGACACAACAACAUUAGUUGAAAUUAAUUGUAAUUCAGUUACAUUAUAUAAAUUUCCUGAAUUUUUACAAAGUUCAAUUAGAUUUAUUGAAAUAACAAGAUCACAUUUACAAAGUGUUGAUGAAGAAACAUUUCAAGGUUUAAGACUUGAAACAUUAAAAUUAAUUGAAAAUAAAUUACAAGAUAUAGCAGAAAGAAGUUUUAGUACUAUGACACAUACACUACUAACCUUGGAUCUUACAGGGAAUCAAUUACAACAUAUACAAUUACAAGCUUUAAAUAAUUUACAUGUCCUAACGAGGCUUGUAGCUCAAAGAAAUUAUAUUACAACACUAGAUGGUAAUUGGGGUAGUCUAUGUGACAGUUUACGUAGCAUACAUUUAUCUGGGAAUCAAAUAUAUGAGCUCACAUUAUUAAAUGGUGAAUCUUUACUAUCAGGAUCAUCAUCAUCAUCAUUAGCAUCAUCGUCAGCGUUAUUAUCAGCGAACAAUAAUAAUAAUAAUAAUAAUAAUUUAAUAUCAGGUGUUGGACCAUCACCAAUAUUAACAUCAUCAUCAUUAAUUAAUACAAAUCAAAUAAUAAGACCAUUUUCAAAAUUACGUAAAUUAAUAUGGUUAGAUUUAAGUAAUAAUCGUAUAUAUCAUAUAUCAGAAACAUAUUUACCACGUUCUUUAUUAACAAUUGAUUUAACAAAAAAUUUAUUAACAAUAUUUCCACAUCAUUUAUUUGGUCAUUUACAUGAUCUUCGAAUAAUAUCAUUACGUGAUAAUCUUAUUCGAAUGUUAUUUAAUAAUAAUUUAAAUAGUUUUAUUAAUAUUAAUAAAAAUUCACAAUUAAUACGAAUACAUUUAGAAAAAUUAGAUUUAGGUAUGAAUUUAAUUGAUGAAUUACGAACAGAUUGGUUUCAAAAUUCUCAAACUGAUGUUCGAAUAAAAGCAUUAAAUUUAGAAAAAAAUUAUAUAAAAUCAUUACCAAGUUCAACAUUUACUGGUAUUGGUAUAAUACAUUUAGUAUUAGCAUUUAAUGAAAUUGAACGUAUACAUAUUGAUGCAUUCGAUGGUAUAUUAAAUACAUUAGAAUAUUUAGAUUUAGAAAGAAAUCGUUUACAGAGUGUACCGGGUGCUAUAAAAAAAUUAAAUAAAUUAAAAUAUUUAUAUUUAACAGCAAAUCAAAUAGCACAUUUAUCAAAUUUACCGGAAAUACCAUAUAAUUUACGUGUAUUAAGUAUAAGUGGUAAUAAUUUUACAACAAUACCAAUUGAUAUAUUAAAAAAUUAUACAGAAUUAUCAUAUUUAAAUAUUGGUUAUAAUAUGAUUGCUGAUAUACCAGAAUUAGCAUUUUUAAAUUGGGGUAGCCAUUUACAAACAAUAUUAUUACGUAAUAAUAAAAUAACAUCAUUACAAUAUAAUUCAUUUGCUGGUUUAGAUUCAAUUAAAGAAAUUAGUUUAAGUUUUAAUGAUAUUGUAUAUACAAAUCCAUAUGUUUUUGAGAAUGUAUCAAAAACAUUAAAAAUUCUUGAAUUAUCAUUUGCAAUGUAUCGUGAUGAAUUUCCUAUGGAAGCAUUAUCACCAUUAACUGAAUUAAUGUGGUUAGGUUUAGAUAAUAAUAAUUUAAAAUUAAUAAAAAAUGAAUCAUUAUCAACAAUGCAUGAAUUAACAUAUAUUAAUUUAAGUUUUAAUCAAAUAUGUCAAAUAUUAAAUGGUUUAUUUAAUGGUGAUAUACAUAAACAUUUAAUUGAAAUUGAUAUGUCAUAUAAUUUAAUUGAAAAUUUAACAUCGAAAACAUUUGAUAAUCUUGAAAAAUUACAAAUAUUAAAUUUACAAUCAAAUAAAAUUAAUAUUAUUGAACGUCAUAGUUUUUUUAAUUUACCAUAUUUAAAAUAUAUUGAUUUAUCACAUAAUAAAUUAUAUAAUAUAUCAGAAUCAGCAUUUGCAUUUUUACCAUCAUUAACUGAAUUAGAUUUAACAUAUAAUUUAUUAACAAAAUUCUCAUUAAAUUAUUUUUAUUAUGUUACAAAUUCAACAAAUUUAUUAAAAUUAAAUUUAAGUCAUAAUGAAAUAAUUGAUUUUAAUGAUAUAUUAAUAUCAUAUUUAUAUAUUAAUGAAUUAGAUAUUAGUUAUAAUUUAAUAACAAAUACAAAUUGUUUUUCAAAUUUAGGUAAUUAUAUUAAAAUAAUUAAUUUAAAAUCAAAUAAUAUUAAAUUAUUGGGUAAUCAUGCAUUCGGUGAUUUAAAAUAUUUAGAAAUAUUAAAUUUAUCAAAUAAUAAUAUAACAUCAAUAAGAAGACGUAGUUUUCAAGGUUUAAAUAGUUUACAAAUAUUAGAUUUAAGUUUAAAUAAUAUUGAACAAUUACAAGCUGAACAAUUUUCAAAUUUAAAAAAAUUACGUAUAUUAAAUUUAAAUAAUAAUAGAUUACGUGCAUUACCACGUGAAGUAUUUAUGAAUACACGUUUAGAAUAUUUAGAUAUUAGUUAUAAUCAAUUAUCUGUAUGGCCAGUACCAGCAUUCUCUGAUAUUGGUUUUACAUUACGUAGUAUACAAUUUAUGGAAAAUAAUUUAGAAUAUUUAGAUUCAAAUAUGUUUAUUAAUUCACAGUUCCUUUUUGAUUUAAAUUUAUCGCGCAAUAAAAUUACAGUACUUCCAGAUAAUACAUUUAUGUUCCUUAAUAAUUUAACAAAUUUAGAUUUAAGUUAUAAUCCAUUAGUAACAAGUAAUUUAAAACAAGUUUUUUUACAUACACCACGUAUUAAAUAUUUAAAUUUACAAGGUGUUAAUUUAUUUGAAUUACCCGAAUUAGAAUUACCAUAUUUAACAAAUUUAGAUAUUAGUAAUAAUCAUUUACAAGAAUUAUUAAAAUUAAAUGAAUUAUAUAAUUUAAGAAAAAUAAAUGUAUCAUAUAAUAAUGUUAUAAAUAUGAGUAAUAUUGUUGAACAAUUACCAAUUAAUUCAAUAAAAAUUUUAGAUAUAUCAAAUAAUCCUUUACGUCGUAUUACAAUAUUUGAUAUGCAAUUAUUACGUAAUAUUGAUGAAUUAUAUAUGAUGGAUAUUAAAAUAACAAAUCCACAAAUAUUUUCAAAAUUAAAAAUUAUUAAAAAAUUAUCAAUAACAUCAUCACAAUAUUUUGGUGAUAUUAUAUCAAAAUUAUUAAGUUUACAAGAAUUAUAUGUUAAUAUUAAUGAUAAUGAUAUUGAUAAAGAAUUAUUUUCAAAAUUAAUAAAUAAUACAAAAUUAAAUUUAAUUGAAAUAAAUGGUAAAAAUGUUAAUACAAUACAUAGUCAAGCAUUUGAAGGAUUAUCACGUAUACAUAAUUUAAAAUUACGUUUACGUAAUACAGAAAUAUCUGAUUUACCACCGAGUAUAUUUUAUCCAUUAAAAUCAAUAUCACAUUUAACAAUUGAUAUAUCGGAUAAUAAAAUAACAGCAUUAGCAGCAGAUAGUUUUUAUCCAAAUAUUAGUUAUUGGGAUAGUGUUGGUACACGUAAUAUUAUUGGUGGAAUUGAUACAGCUAAUAAUCCAUUAGAAUGUGAAUGUGGUUUAGUAUGGUUUGGACAUUGGUUAAGAAGAUGGUUACGUGAAUCAGCUCAAAUAAAAGUAAUUGGUAGUAUUGAAUUAAAACAAAUGGUUCAAAGAGCACGUGCAAAUUUUUGCGUUGAUCCAAUAACUGGUAAACGUCAACCUAUAUUAGAAAUAUUCCCAGAAGAUUUAAUGUGUCAUGCUAGUGCAUUAAGUAGUUCAAGUCGUAAAGCUGAAACAAAUAUUAUAUUAAUUUUAUUUAUACUACUGACUGAUAUUAUAAUAAUAUUUAAUUAUUAUUUUCAUUAUAACUAUUCUCUUAUUUUAUUGUAAAUAACUUUGAUAUGAAAAUAAUUUUCAA